UUAUGAUGAACACUUCUUCACAUUUAAAGGCACAAGCUUCGUGUCCACUUGUAGAACACUUUCUCCGUCGGAAACUUUCCAAGGAAAACUUCGACAGAUUCAUACCGAAUAGAUCGGCCAUGGAUUUCGACUUUGCUAACUACGCUCUUACCCAAGGAAGAAAACGUAAUGUCGAUGAGGUAACUUCAGCAUCAAGAAAAGCCUACAUGACGCAAUUGGCUGAGGCUAUGAAUCAGAAUCGCACUCGGAUUCUCGCUUUCAGAAACAAACCUAAAGCUCUGCUUUCUAGUAAUCACUCUGAUCCUCCUCACCAACAACCUAUAUCCGUAAAGCCUCGUAGAUACAUUCCUCAGAAUAGUGAGAGAGUCUUGGAUGCACCUGGAAUUGCGGAUGACUUCUACCUUAACUUGUUGGAUUGGGGCAGUUCUAAUGUCUUAGCCAUUGCUUUGGGAGACACUGUUUACUUGUGGGAUGCGUCUAGUGGUUCUACAUAUAAGCUUGUGACCAUUGAUGAAGAGGAGGGACCUGUCACAAGUAUUAACUGGACGCAAGAUGGUCUUGAUCUGGCAAUUGGUCUUGACAACAGUGAAGUCCAGCUUUGGGAUUGUGUUUCCAAUCGUCAAGUGAGAACACUGAGAGGUGGUCACGAGUCAAGAGUAGGAUCAUUGGCAUGGAACAAUCACAUUCUAACAACUGGAGGAAUGGAUGGAAAGAUCGUCAACAAUGAUGUGAGGAUCAGAUCAUCUAUUGUUGAAACUUACUUGGGUCACACAGAAGAGGUUUGUGGUCUUAAGUGGUCAGAAUCUGGAAAAAAACUAGCAAGUGGUGGUAACGACAAUGUAGUACACAUUUGGGAUCAUCGUUCUGUCGCUUCCUCAAACCCAACUAGGCAAUGGCUGCAUAGGUUUGAGGAACAUACAGCUGCAGUGAGAGCUCUUGCUUGGUGCCCUUUCCAAGCGAGUUUGCUUGCAACUGGUGGUGGUGUAGGUGAUGGGAAGAUUAAGUUCUGGAAUACACACACUGGGGCUUGCUUGAAUUCAGUAGAAACUGGCUCUCAAGUUUGUUCAUUGUUAUGGAGCAAAAGUGAAAGAGAGUUGCUUAGCUCACAUGGGUUUACACAGAACCAGCUUACACUUUGGAAGUACCCAUCUAUGGUGAAAAUGGCUGAACUCAAUGGUCAUACAUCAAGAGUUCUUUUUAUGGCACAGAGUCCGGAUGGUUGUACCGUGGCUUCUGCAGCCGGUGACGAGACUCUCAGGCUUUGGAAUGUUUUUGGAGAACCACCUAAGACCACCAAGAAAGCUGCUUCAAAAAAAUAUACGGAUCCAUUUGCUCAUGUGAAUCAUAUUAGGUGA